CCUGUUUGCGAAAGGGAAUCAAAUUUAAGCCUAAGAUUACCUCCUAGGCUGAACUUUUAAUUCAGUUAGAAAAGCUUGUUUCGACAACGUUAUCAAUGUCAUUAAUCAAUUAAUCAGAACCAGAGAGGGGAAGUGAGAAAAUCAUAACCAGCUGACUUCAUAGAGACAUUAUGAACAAAGACUAGGACUUAGGCCAUUUCGCGAAAAGAAAAAACAAUAGACAUUAAUACAGCGAUCUUAUCUUUCCUUGUUUAGUCGAAAGAUUCACCGUACUAGAUUGAUUGAGUGGAGAGUGGAGCACCAAACCAGUCAGCGAAUGUUGAAUAAAUUCAUCAGUCCACUAUAAAAUAACAUGUAAUUUUUCUUGCUCCCCCCCCCCUCCCCCUCCUUUCAUGGGAACCCGACAAGACGCAUAAUUUGUGCCGUCAGUUCAAGAAGGCGUUGAUGGUUAAACGGUACAAUUCAAUUCGAUGUAGUUUUGGCUUUGAGAGUCAUGUACAGGUACUUUUAUAAGCACAGCAAGAAAACAAAUGGCAAAGUUCCAAAGCAAUUACGAGCGCGCACAGACUUAUGAAGAAAAAUCAAACUGCGUACCAAACUAAAUUCACUUUUUAAAGUCAACGAUGACUAACGUAAAACUGAAAUUGAACAAAUCGUUUAUUCGUCUGGGAGACCAUUUUCAUAGAGAGACAGAUAACUCCUUUUGCCAUAAAAUUUGUAAUAGCGGUAUUGUUAUUGCCUCAAACUACUUAGUAGUGAACUACAGCCGUUGUUUUAGUGUUUUGCUUUGUAGGAGUUACACUUAGUUUGAUCUUGGGUGGAUACUCAGAAUGUAGCGAAGAUGCUUCGAAACUGCGCAUGCGAAGAGGUGCAUCUGUACUGUGCAGCUGUUCGAGUGAAGCGCAACGCGUCGGAUUGGAGGCGUUCAUUCACAAGGUCAAAACAGCCUAUUACAAGAUGAAUCCAAACAAUGUGGUCUAUGACCCGGAUUCAACACCUGAAUCAGUCCAACGAGAAUUCUUUCCAUACAACUCCCAUCCCAGUGCAAUUCGCAAGUGAACGGACGCUGCGAGAGCUCUUUACCAAGAAGCUAAUAGCUUCGAGAAAAAAGUGAACAGCAAUAAGCUUAAGCCUCGCGAGAGCAAGGCAAUCGCUCAAGUUAAACACUUUUUACAGAGCAACUUUGGAGCACCCUACGAAGAGAAUUACUACGCUGGAGAUUGGAUGCUCGGUCCUGGUACGUUCUGUUGGCAUCCAAUAUGCAACAUGGGAAACGAUCUACAGGCUCAUUUCACCUACCAGAGGUGGGGUAUACAGCCUAAGACGGAAGAUGAUGUGAGCUAUGUGAUAGAUCGGCUAAAGCUGGUGAGAGAUUCGAUAAUGCAGUACAUUGAAAACAUGAAAUACGGUAUAAAGGUGGGAUUUGUACGUUCAGCGGAAGAUUGCCAAUAUGGAUUAUACUCCAUUCAGCGAGCCUACCUAAAAGUCUUCCAACAUGGACCCAAGGGUGUGCUAACAGAAUCAUUCACGCAACAAAUUGUUAAUCCAAAAUGGCUUGCAAAACUCGAUAAACGCGCCUCUGACUCGUGGGAGAAGAGACAUAAGGUCUCUGUUCGUACUUCUAUAAAUGACUCUCUGGUGGCAUACGUAGGGAAACCAUUGGAUGAGUUAUUAAAUUACUUGGCGUUCAACCAUUCGCAGCACUGCGUCCCGAAUAUAUUGUCCAGCGGUUUGGCUUCGCUACCCCUGUCUUACGUUUACAAAUAUGGAAAAAAAACCAGAAUACGAACUACUGGAAAACUACCUACUGGACAGUCCUUGAGUGGAAAAAGAGCCUAUGAGAUGUUGCUACCUUACUUUACGACGACAGAAAUGACACCAAAUGACGUGUAUUCCUUAGGGGAGAGAAUGGUCCGUCAGCUUUAUCCGAAAGCGGUUGAAAUAGCCAAGAAAAUUACAGACAAAACAUGUGAAGACAAAGCCAUACAGGAACUUAAGAAACGUUUGGAAGAUCGUAGCAUGUAUUUUAAUGGCGAGAAGAUUCCACUGAACGAGAGCAACAAAGACGCAUUUGACAAGUGCACUAGUAUGGUGAAGGCAAAGAUUUACUGUCCUAGGAGAUAUCAAGCUAUGAAGGCGUGGUUUGAAUAUGUGAACUCUCUGCUUGGUGAUCUUGAACCAAAAACUACUCACAUGUUUUAUUUCACUGGUAAACAUCAAAGCACUCCGAAUUGUCCAGUUCAAAUGGUCGCAAAUUUUAAUCCAGGGACUGGAUCCCAGAGUUACAGAUCCAGUGAUAAAGAUUGCACCAAACCUGCCCAGUAUAGAUUGCCGUUCUUUAUUAAGGACCUGGGUCCAAAAUACAGUGCUCUCUCUGUUGCAGCACAAGAGGCAAGGCCAGGGCACCACACACAGGGUCAAGGGCUUAAGGAAUUAUUCAGUGACAAGUGUGGGGAUGUUAUCAGUUGGUUGAACGGUAUCUCUUAUUACACUGCAUUCACGGAGGGCUGGGCUCUAUAUGCUGAGAAUCCGCUGAUCGCUGCAGAGACAGACGCUUAUGCCGACAAACCGCUUCAGCUGUAUGGCAUGAUCAAGUGGCAAAUAUGGCGAGCACUGCGCCUGAUGAUAGAUUCCGGGCUACAUUAUAAAGGAAUGAAACGAUGGGAAGCGUUAAAACUCUUUUCCGAGAAAGCCUGGGACAGAACUGACAAAGCCGAGAAAGACGUUACAAGGUAUCAAAGCAACCCGGGUCAGGCUACCGCUUACAUGAUUGGUCAGCUGCGGAUUUGGCAGGUGCGAAAUGAUACUAAGGCCAGAAUUGAAGCGCAUAAAAAGACCUUCAGUGAAAAAGACUUUCAUUAUCAGGUUUUGUCACAAGGAUCCUCGCCACUGACUCAUUUGGAAAAUCACAUGAAGAAAUUUGCGGACUGCGUCAUCCAGCCACAUCUAGAGGGUUGCGAGUACAUUAUAGGGAGACUAGGUGACGAAACAGUCAUGGAUGAGGUUGCCAAGAAACCCCUUAAGCCAUUUCAAGACCAACCAUAUCGGGAACACUUUGACUGAAAUUGAUUUUGAGCGCUUCGUGCAAAGAAAAAAAUAACCUCCACAAUCAAUAAUCAAACCAAUUGGUUACAGUGCAUUGUCUGAUGUCAAUAGUAAAUACAUUCAUUAUUCUUUUGUUGCUGUAGAAGGUUUUCCUGUAGCGAAAAAUAUCUGAAAAUGACCAAACGUCGAUAGCAUAAUCAUUUUAAGAAGAAUUAAAUAAUUCAGACAAUUUUUUACUUCGGCUUUCUUUCUUUUAGCAUGGGGGAAACGGGUGGGUUACUUUAACCAAAUAGGCGACACUUAAAUAUCCAGUGAAAGGUAAUAAACCUUGACAUCAUGGCUAUCAUAAUAUAAAAGAAAAUUAAAUUUGGAAGGCUCGCAUAUAGAGAUUUUGUUUUAGUACCAGAGUGCCAUA